UAAAAAUAUAAACACGAGGAGAAAUGUUGGAAAACACCUCCACUCACACUGCUGUUUUAUUACUGACGUCGUUGACAACACCAUAUUCCAUUAUUAGAUCCAGAUAUAAUUGUUUUUUCAUUUGUAAGUGUCAGGGCUGUGGUAGGACUUGACAUGGGUAAAAGCAGUUAGGGAUAUGCCGGAUAGGUCCGCAACUACCAUAACUUUUGAUUUCAAAGGGACUACGCAUAAGAAGCGCCUGCCUCCCAGCCACUCCAAGGCCAUAGGCUAGCUGGUAGAAUAUGUGUAAUCGCUUGAGAUUCAAGUAAACAAUGCUUCAGACUACAUGGAUAGCUCUUGUACUGGGCCUCUGGUCAUCACUGUAUCUUAUUGAUGUCUUUCUCAAGGGGAAAAAAGCCGUAGCUCGACCAUACCUAAGUUUUUUAGACAAGACUGGGCUUAAUAUUUCAAUAUGUCAGCUGCGGUGGUACACCACAAUCUUCAACCGCGCUUUUCUACGCAUCGGCCAGUGGCGACCCAGUUUCCUUCGAGCCUGGUUUACCGUGGGAGUUUUCUUUUCCUUGUUGUCAAUGGUAGCCUCGGUGUUCCUGCUGUCUCUGCUGGUGCUCAACACUGUCAGACAAAAUCCUGUGGAACAACAAGUCCUUACACCAGUGAUGCCUGGAGUCAACCUGCCCAUGAGUCAGAUCUCAUACUACAUGUUGACUCUGCUAGUUUGUGGUAUCCUGCAUGAAGUGGGUCAUGCUCUGGCUGCUGUCAGAGAACAAGUUAGAGUGAAUGGCUUUGGACUUUUCCUGCUUCUCAUUUAUCCAGGAGCGUUUGUGGACCUGUCAACUGAGCACCUGCAGGCGGUGUCUCCCCUGCGCCAGCUGAGGAUCUACUGCGCUGGUGUCUGGCACAACCUUGUCAUUGCCCUGCUGGCUGGCCUGGUGCUGCUGGCUCUCCCCAGCCUGUUGCUGCCCUUCUACACCAUAGGAUCCUCAGUUGUGGUCACAGAGGUUGUGCCCAACUCGGCUGUGUCUGGUCCCCGGGGGUUGAGUGUGGGGGAAGCCGUGACAAGAAUAAACGACUGCCACAUCAAAAGUAUUGCAGACUGGUCAGCCUGUCUCACGUCUAGCAUGCAAGAAAAAUGGACUGGCCACUGCCUGCCACUGGAUCUUAUCAAGGAGAUGGACACCUCACCAUUGAAUGUGUUAUCUAACAAAAGCCACCACCAGUGGGAGGUGAUUGAUUGUUGUAACAGCACCAGCGCCACCCACCUGUGUUUUAUGUACCACACAAAGAAAAGUGCUGAGACUAAAUAUGCCUGCCUGCCUGCCCGCCACGCCACCGACCGUCCAAUGUGUCGGCUACAGAGUGACUGUUAUGUUCCAAAAAUAGAAGCUGCCUGUGUGUACCCUGCCGUGGACAAUGAAACAAAACUUCUGCGAGUCUUUCAUGGUCAGAGACCCCCACUCUUAUUCCUGGGUUACCCCCUAGAUCUGUAUUACUCUGUUUCCCUUAGCAACUAUGUACCAAAGGUGUCAUUCAUUCCACUCAAUCUCCCAUAUGUCAUUGAGACAUUUUGCAAAUAUAUCAUCUCUUUGUCUGGUGCACUUGUCAUACUGAAUGUUGUGCCCUGCUAUGCUCUAGAUGGUCAGUACAUCUGCCACGCCUUGAUUGAGCUGCUCCUGCGUCCAUCUGUCCCUGACCCUGAGAUCCGCAGCUUCAUCUAUGGCCUGGUUAUUCUCUUUGGGACAAUUUUAUUACUGGUCAAUGUUGUUUUAGCUAUGUGGACACUAUUUUUGUGACAUGAGAUGGUUGCUUGAUGCACCAGUUUCAAGUCAAUGUUGGCCUAGCUAUGUGGACCCUAAUUUUGUGGCACGAAGUUGCUUGAUGCACCAGUGUCAAGUCAGUGUUGGUCUAGCUAUGUGGACCCUAAUUUUGUGGCAUGAAUUUAUUGCACCAGUGUCAAGUCAGUGUUGGUCUAGCUAUGUGGACCCUAAUUUUGUGGCAUGAAGUUGCUUGUUGCAGUAGGUAUUGGUUUUUAAUCAAUAAAAUGGGAAAACAAAUGUUUUGUAUUAUUGGCCAAAAUAUAAGCGUGACCAUUAGUAUUCCUGGAUUUGUUGUUAUCAGUUGAGAAGUUGGUUGUCUUAUGUUUAUAAUUACAAGUGGAAAUUAGAUUAGUUAAUUGUACAUACUGUAUAGUUUACAAUUAAAAUGAAUCAGCUUUAUAAAUACAUUAAUUUAGAAGAAAAUAGGAAAGUAGAUCAAGUUCUCAUAUGAGGUUAAGUGUUUUUAUUUGUUUGCAAUAUGGCUGCCUUAGUUUUCCCAUUUCCUAGUCUUACAGAAGUUUUCUUUUUUUUUUUUAAAUUUUAAAUUCAAGUACUUUGUGAAGGUUUAAUUUUUUUAAACUCAGCUUUGAGAGUGUUAUUUUUUGUGAAUAAACACCAACGUCUUUAGGACCCUGGCUCAACAUGUACUGUAUAGCCUAAACAUCAGCAGUUUAAAAUUAUCAUCAAAAACUUUAUCACCUUGUUUAAUUAACAAUAAAAGAAAAAUAGCUUGACAAAACAUCAAUUUCCAUGGUUUGACAGCCAUCUUUAUUUGAGCUAGACAUUGUUGUGUAUAGAGGGCACAAGGAGUUCCAUUCCUGCCUGACUAAUGUUUACUUCUCUCCUUACUCUUUGGAUUUAUUGCCAGUGCACCUAUGCAGUGAAUGGAAUGUUUUUAAUUCUUACUUUUUAAAGUUCUAUUUACAUUUUAUUCAUGCUUUCCCAAACAUUUACAUUUUAUUGGAAGUAAACUGUCUUGAAGUUUUGAAUUUUAUAAAUACUGGUGUUUUUUUUUAAUUCCUCCUUAAUUAGUAUGUUAUUUUUUUAAUGUGAAAAAGUUUGCAAUGACUGAAUCAAUGACAUUGUAUCAUUGUCUUGAAGUUUUGAAUUUUAUAAAUACUGGUGUUUUUUUAAAAAUUCCUCCUUAAUUAGUAUGUUAUUUUUUUAAUGUGAAAAAGUUUGCAAUGACUGAAUCAAUGACAUUGUAUCAAAAACUAGGACUGAAGUUGUUAACUCUAGUUUUGUCAAGUCCCUUAACUCCUGGUGUUUUACAUACAGUCCCUAGUUUCCUGAUACAAAUAAAGUUGAACUGUGAUGUUGUGCUCAAAUAAUUAAAAUAUAACAUUCAAGGAGUGUUUGGGAAGAAAUACUUUGCUUGUUUAUCUUUUGUAGACUAAAACAGUUUAUUGCUGUUUGUCAUUGGUAGAAAUAUGUUCAUAAGACAAUUUCACGUUGAAAUAUUAUUGUCUUAAUAAUACAUUUUGAAAUAUGUUUAUAAUUUAUUUUAAUUUAAUGUCAACGUAAAAUCCAACGUUUCAUUUCUUUGGCUAUGUGGGUUACUUGUUAUUUAUUGACAAUUUUGGUGCUUGUUUUGUGUGACUGUUUCUAGGCAUGGUAGGACUUUAGCUACAUAAAUGUUGGCAUAGACUCUUCCUGCUUUAUAAAUUUCAGUUAGGUUUUGUGUGUACUGAGCAGUUUUGGUGAGAAAAAAAAAACAUGUAACAAUGCCCAGUAUCCACCAAUAUAAUGUGUUAGAUUUAAUUGUGACAAAUGACAUACUGUGGAAAAUAGUUAGGCGAGGAAGUUGUGGACUUGUAUAGAUCUUAAAUUAUACUUUUAAUAUUUAAUCAUUUUUUACCCACUGUGACAAUGAUUUUGGACUGACAAUUGUUUUGCUGUUAUACAAAUAAUUUUGUUUACAUGUGAGCAGUUUUGGUGGUGCCAGGUUUUUCAACAACUUGAAGUUAAAUAAGACUCCUGUACAAAUGGUAAUCCAUUUCUUUCUUUUUUUUUUUUUUUGUGUGUUGCUUACUUGAAAGUGAAAACUUGUCACUGAUUUCCUAUCCAAUACAAAGUUAACCACAAACAUGUCUUCUUACUAUCUAAUAAUUGAUUGCCUCUCUGGAAGACAAGUGAUUAUUGUCUAUCUGGGUGUUACAUGCAUACACAAUUUUAUAUAUAUUGAAAUGUUAAUACAUA